GAUGUCUCUUGCUUAAAAAGAGUGAAAUUAUGGAAAAAUAUGUUGAGCAUAAAGGAUAACCAAUCUGUCAAAAAUGAAUUUAUUUUGUCCAUUUUAAAAAAUGUGUAUUUUGGAAAGCAUUAAUCUUCAAAAUUUGUGAGCUUGAAUAUGCUGAGCGCCUUAUGAUGCAGCAAAUAUUUCAACUUUUAAGAAGCCCAAGUUUCUCAUCAAAGGUUUUCCAUGUAAAACCUUUGUAUGUGCCUUAUUUCGGUCAGGAGAUAAACUUCAAGAUGAUGCAUACAAGGAGCACCAUUUUUGCAUUGUCAUCAGCUUCUGGAAUCUCAGCAAUUGCUGUUGUACGGGUAUCUGGACCGAAUACUUCACUUGUCUUUAAGAAGAUGAUGAAAAGGGCUGAACUUCCAGAGGCACGCAAAGCCACACUUUGUAAAAUAAGAGAUCCUCUAACUCAUAAACUGUUAGACACUGCAUUGGCAAUAUGGUUUCCAUCUCCCAGAAGCUUCACUGGGGAAGAUAUGUGUGAAUUGCACAUUCAUGGUGGUAUUGCUGUUGUUAAAACUGUUUUGAAUGCAUUGCAAAAACUGCAAAAUUUUCAGCAUGCUGAAGCAGGCGAAUUCACCAAAAGAGCUUUCUUGGCUGGAAAAUUGGAUUUGACAGAAGUAGAAGGCUUAGCAGAUUUGUUGAAUGCUGAAACAGAAGCUCAGCAAAGACAGGCAUUGAGACAAAUGGAUGGAGCUUUAUGCAAAACAUAUACUAGUUGGUCAAGCAAAAUAAAAAGGUGCUUAGCCAACAUUGAAGCCUAUAUUGAUUUCAGUGAAGAUCAGGAUUUGGGCAGCACUGUUUUAGAAUCAGUUAAAAAUGAUAUACAUAUGCUAAAAUCAGAAAUUGCCUCUCAACUACUAGAUAAAAGAAAAGGAGAAAAGCUGAGAAAUGGGGUUUAUACUGUAUUAUUAGGUCGACCAAAUGUUGGUAAAAGUAGCCUGUUGAAUUAUUUAUGUCAGAGAGACAUUGCCAUCGUUUCUCCUGUGGCUGGUACAACUAGGGACAUUGUUGAAGCCUCCUUAAAUCUAGACGGGUAUCUUGUCAAUGUAUCAGAUACUGCAGGAAUCCGAGAAACUCAAGAUUGUGUAGAAGUGGAAGGAGUCCGGAGGGCUAAAGAAAGGUCAUCACAAGCAGAUAUUUUAUUAUUGAUCACUGAAGCAGAAGACCUUUUAAGUUUCUCUGAAGACAUCUUUAGGGAAAAGACUGACCUUACAAAGUUUGUUUUAGAAAAAGAACUUGGGCAUAAUUUAGCAGAAUUUUUGAGUAGUAAAUCUAUCAACUCAUCCAUGAACAAUCUGUCUCAUUCGGACGAUUGCAAUGUAAUGAUCUUGUUAAAUAAGAUAGAUUUAUUGCCAGAAAAUUAUUUACCAAAAGUACAAAUGCUACACAAUCACAAUCCAUCAAUUUGUGGCAUUUCUUGCAUAAAUGGAACUGGAAUGGAUACUUUUCUAAGCAUAUUUACUGAAAAGGUUACACAAAUAUGCUGUCAGCAUAGAGGAGAAGAACCUGUCAUUACACGAGAACGACACCGCCAUUGUGUGGAGAAAUGUUUAGAAAGCAUGACAGAAUUUGAAGACUGUUUGAACUUAGAUUUAGCAAUUGCUGCUGAAAAAUUAAGAAAUGCUGUUAAUGAACUGGGUAAAAUAACCGGUAAAGUGCAAAUAGAUGACAUUUUAGACAUAGUGUUUAAAGAUUUCUGUAUUGGAAAAUAA